GGCAUGAUGGUUGCACGAUCGAAAGCCACCUCCCAAUCCACCGAUGUCUCUGUUGUGAAGUUAUUGAGCGCGCUCGAGAAUUACUUAAACAAUGCGUGCCGUCACCUACCGAUUGCAAAAUGUCUCCUCAAACGCCCUCGCUUCUCGUGUUCUGGAUGUUGGCGAGGCUAGUGAUGUUUGUGAGUCCUUUCUGUAAGUCCCGGAAGAUGAUUGAACACAAGGAGGUAGCUACGUUGCACUUUCGUGAGGCUGGGGCGAGGAUGUAGGAGUUUUCGUUGUAACCACCAGUGGUCCAGCUCCAACAAACAUGAACGCCGAGCAAGUAUACCACUACGCUCACUACCGACGACGCUCAGAGAAUCCAUAUACAUGACUAAGAGGCUCGGCAUUAGGUAUCUUUGGAUCGAUGUCCUUCGCGUAAUCCAGGCAUCCGAACAGGAUUGGAUGAGCAACGCGUUAAAAAUGGACUAGAUUUAUGGCAAUGCCACUUUUAAUACUUCAGCGGCAUCUACAGCUUCUUG